AUGGCUGCCACAGGCGGGGAGCCGAGCCGAGAGUGGAGCGACGAGCAGCUUCACGGCGAUGAUCUGCCCAAGAAGGAUGUGAUCGUCUUCCUGCAGGAGCACGCCUCAGAAUCGUUCCUGGCAGAACACAAGUUGCUUGGAAAUGUCAAGAAUGUAGCAAAAACAGCCAAAAAGGAUCAUCUCAUCACGGCCUAUAACAAAUUAUUUGAAACAAAGCGUUUCAAGGGAACGGACCGUACUGAAAGUGUGACAAAACAAGUGAAAGAUCUGAAAGUUGAUGAUGCAAAGGCUGCUGAAACCAAGACAGAAGAGGUGGUUGAUGAGGGUCCCCCCAAGUACACCAAGUUCAUGCUGAAGAAGGGAGAUAAGACUAACUUUCCAAAGAAAGGAGACACUGUGCAUUGUUGGUACACCGGGACGUUGGAGAAUGGAACAGUGUUUGACAGCAAUAUAACAACAAGUGCAAAGAAGAAAAAAGCCACCAAGCCCUUGGCCUUCAAAGUUGGUGUUGGCAGAGUCAUCAGAGGUUGGGAUGAAGCCCUGCUCACCAUGAGCAAAGGCGAAAAAGCUAAACUUGAAAUCGAGUCUGAAUGGGCCUAUGGCAAGAAGGGUCAGCCUGAUGCCAAAAUCCCACCCAAUGCCAAGCUGAUUUUUGAAGUGGAACUGGUUGACAUUAACUGA